AUGAAGCUCAUUGCCAUUUUUAUCUGCCGCUGCUCCCCCGGCUCAGACAGCCUCCUCUUCCUCAGCGCCGCCUACGACCUUUCAGCGUUUUCCUUUUACCAGCGAAAUACGGUGAAGGAGGGCUUGAAGUUUGUUGUUAAAACCGCUAUACCGAGGCUGCCGGUGAACAGCCAACAAGAAGUGGAACACGAGGGCCUUUGCGCUUUCGUUUUUCGCUAUCCAAAUUCUUUGGCUGCGUUGGCCGUGGGAGACAAAGAAUACCCUAGAAGGGUGGCGUUUGCCUGUCUGAACGAGGUGUAUCUACAGUUCACGCAGAGCGUGCCGGCGAGCAAGUGGAAAAGUUUGGAAAUAAAAAAAGAAAAAAAUAAUAAAUCAAAUAAUCCAGAAAUAGAUUUUGGAGAAAAGAUGCAAGUCCUUUUGAAGAAGUACAAAAACCCCGCGCUCUCAGACCAGCUGGUGCAGGCGCAGCUUAAGGCAGACAGAGCGCAAGAGGUGGUGCGGCAGACUGUUGUCUCAGUGCUGAGACAAGGAGAGAGUUUGCAGGAGUUAAUAAACAAAAGCGAAGACCUUUCGGUUUUGGAUGCUGCAAAAUGCAGUGAGCAGCAGCAGCAGCAGCAGCAGCAGCAGCAGCAGCACGAACUGCAGCAGCAACUGCAGCAGCAGAUGCUGCUGGAACUGCAGCAGCAGCAAGAGCAGCAGCAUCAAGAACAGCAGCAACUGCUGCUACUGCACGAGCAGCAGUUGCUGCUGCAGUAG